AUGGUAUUGGCUAGCGGUCACUGGUUGGACAAAGAGAUGAAAGGAGAGGUCCCAAGUCCCAGAUAUGGCCACGCUUCAGCUUUGGCAGGGAACGUAAUCUUUCUCUUUAUAGGAGCCUCCAACAUCAACCAAGAGGACAACCCUGUUUACUUUGAUGACUUCUACAUGCUAAAAGUUUCCUCAGAUCAUGUAACCUGGGAGGAGAUCCCUCAGAGUGGAGACGUUCCCCCAGCCAGACAAGGGCACAUUCUCUGUGUUGUUAAAGGGAAGGUGUAUGUGUUUGGAGGCGUGUCAAACCCCAAAGCUGCUGAAUGUCUCUCAGGAGUCUUCAGUUUUGACAUAGGUGAGGGUGGUAAUGUUUGUGUUGUCUAUCAGUGUCUUUGCCUAACAAUCAGAGGUGUGACACUGAGAACCCUGGGACACAGCUUUGUUGCCAUGAGAGAUAACAUCUAUGUAUAUGGAGGAACUCUGGGGCGCACACCAACUAAUGACCUCAUGGUCUUCAACACAGUGUCUUAGACCUGGACACCAAUUAAGAUGAGCGGAUCACCACCUCCUGCAAUGUUUGGGCGUGGAUUUGUUCUGGUUGGUGACCAGGUUUUCAUGUUUGGAGGUCAUGGAGCCAGUGGAGAAUUCUGUAAGGAUAUUCAUGUUCUUAAUAUUGAAAAAUUGGUAUGGCAGAAAUGGGAGUCAAAGGUAGUGGAGUUUCCUGCAGCUUGCAGUGGACAUACAUUGACUACACACCAUGACAAAGAUAUUUACCUGUUUGGUGGCAAAGGCAUAAAUGAUGACCAUAGAGUGACGUCAUCCAAUGAUAUUCACAAAUUCAGUAUUGCUAAAAUGAAGUGGAAGGUCCCUUUGUAUGUUGCCAUUCCUCCAGCCCGACGAAAUGGACACACUGCCUUCAUCGUUCACAGCCAUUUGUACAUAUUUGGAGGAAAGAAUGAAGAGCAGGAGUUUAAUGACCUGAGGGUGAUGAAACUCAACCCCUCAGAGAGGCAACCAGUCGUGAAGGAGAUUCUCUCUGAGUUUGGUCUUCAAGGAUUCAUUCACAGCAAGAAGAGAGAGUUGUCAAAAUCAGCUGUUGCUCUGCAAAUAGCGAGAGAAGACCAUGAGACCCAGAAGCAACAACACCAACAAGAAAUGCAGGAGAUGCUGGACAGACAUUGCUCUCAAAAUGAGGCAUGGCUUCGAGCCAGAGCUGAGGAGAAUGACCGAGAAAGGAAGGAGCUCUGUAGACUGAGGGAGGAGAUGCUCCAAGAAAAAGAGCGAUUGAAGGAGGAGCACAGCAGCAUCCAGAAACGUAGCGAACAUCUGCUGUCUAUUAUGUGCGGUUUAAAGGGAUCCGAAGGCGAGCCAACUCAGCGCAGUCCUCUUCAGCACCCUGUGGUGAAAAAUAAGAACGGUAAGACAGAAGCCAACGCGCACUUGGCGCUAAAAAAGCGUGUCGAGCUGCGGUCGGUUGGUGUGGCGGCUGGCGGGGGAGUGGGGAGGGGCCGUGGGCAGCAGCAGCAGCAGCUGCAGCAGCAGGAGACAGCCUGA